CUGCUCCAGUCGCUCCUAGAGAUUCCGAGGAGAAGGAUGUCUGUAGGGAGCCUGCCAACGGCCCGACGCGGGAACACGUGACUUAAGGAUUAUGGAUUAGUGCAUCUCGGGUGUCUCCCAAUCCCUCCCUCCGAUACAGGAAGCGGGCUUUAGUCGCCCGUGUUCUACGAUGAGUUAUCAAAGAAGAUUGACAUCAUGCAUUUUGACAUACUACAUGCUAUUCAUCCUUGUUGCUGUCGGAAGUAUAGCUGCUGCCAUCAAAAUACGACCAGAGUCCUGCACCAACGCCAUGGGCGACAAAGGGACUUGCAUGUUCGUAUGGCAGUGCAUCAAGCAGGACGGAGUACAGAUCGGGCCCUGCGUUGACCGAUUUCUGGUAGGUGCGUGCUGUGCUUUACCUAGAGAAGAAGACAACUUUGUGCCAGGGGCUUCAGGCUCGGUUUCGAAAAAUGUGUCCUCGACAUCACCGCCUCCCAAAGUCAAACCACCUGUUGUCCAAUCUACAGUUGUGACCAAGCGGCCCGAACUCAUGACGACGCGACCACUGACAGUUGGCACUAGUCUGUCACCGACGGAGAGCCCGAAGCCGAGCACAAUAGGCAGGCCUUUCGCAUCAUCAUCAUUCAUGGCUCAGGCCUCGACGUCGCAGCUGGUGGUGAAGACAACGAAGAAACCGCCAACAGAUGACUUUUCGGAAUGCGGUAUUCCGGCACCUUUCCCAAAGAGUAAAGUUGUUGGUGGUACACAUUCUUCGUUUGGAGAAUGGCCUUGGCAAGUAUCUGUGCGAAGAUCUUCAUUUUUUGGCUUUGCCAGUACUCACAGAUGUGGUGGUGCUAUUCUUAAUGCCAACUGGAUCGCAACAGCGGCCCACUGUGUAGACGAUCUUCUGAAGUCGCAGAUCCGCAUCCGUGUGGGCGAGUACGACUUUUCCACAGUGCAGGAACCAGCACCCUUCCAGGAGCGUGGGGUGGAGAAAAAAGUGGUGCAUCCCCGUUACAACUUCUUCACGUAUGAGCACGACCUGGCCCUCGUCAAGCUCGACGCGCCCCUCGUCUUGCAGGCCCAUGUCAGGCCCAUCUGUCUUCCCACAAAAGAUGAAUCUUUCGUUGGAAGGAAUGCCACCGUCACAGGUUGGGGAAGGCUCAGCGAAGGAGGAACCUUACCAUCGAAGCUGCAGCAAGUGCAAGUGCCAAUUAUCAGUAACGAGAAAUGUCAGAAAAUGUUCCAAACGGCCGGACGACAGGAAAGCAUACCAGACAUUUUCCUUUGUGCUGGAUAUGAAGCAGGCGGAAGGGACUCAUGUCAGGGUGAUUCUGGCGGGCCUCUUCAAGCCAAAAGAGAAGAUGGACGUUGGUUUUUAGCCGGCAUAAUAUCAUGGGGCAUCGGCUGCGCUGAGCCUAACAUGCCGGGUGUGUGCACAAGAAUAUCGAAAUUUACCAGCUGGAUCAAGCAACAAAUAAGUUGAAAGAUCGACUAAUUUGUGCUCUUUGAUGCUCCAUAACUUCGCCGGUCGAAAGUGGUGUACGACUUCAAAAUAAUGAACGAUUUCGAAAGCUCGUGAAGCUGAACUUUUUCAUACGUCAAUUCUCAUUCCAACAAAUGGGAGAAAUAAGUCAACAUUUUCAACUCGUAUGUACCAAAGACUAGUGUUACUGAUAUUAAACAGAGCUUGCUGAGCAAGUAACCAUCAUAACGAUUUCGAACGUUUUAAACGUAUUAUUGUUUGUAUAUUUUAUAUUAAGCUUGGCAUUUUGUAUAUUACCAUUCAUGAAACCAUCGUGUGACUGCAGAAUGUAUAAUUUCCAUACAAACAAAACUUAUUUCACUAUUUUGAUCUAAUGGAUGCUCUGGACAAGGUGAAAUGAAAUCCUGCACUUUAGAUUUAUCUACAAGAAUGAUGACGUCACCACUUCUGUGUUAUGUUAGGAUUUUAUAGUGAAUUUUUGCUAAAUCAUAUAAAGAUUCAAAUUUAUGUUCCCUUCUUAGAAUAGUAUUUUUAGAGUUCGAGAGUUUAUUCUGUUUUAUUCUUUCCUCAUUGUUCAAAAGUUUAAAAAUAAAUUUUAACUUUGUGUUCAGCAUUCUUUUUAUA